AUGGCGACACCUUUCGACGAACUCCGUACGGCAAGAAGCCAACUCCGUCAAUCCAAGCGUGCACUACGAGACACUCGUGAGAAGUUGAAGGACGUCAUUGAUGAUGACACCGAGGAUACUAACGAGGUCAUCAGACUGCUUGAAGACCAAGAGAUCAAGUACUCUAAGCGCAUUGAAGAGCUCGAAUCCCGUAUCGCCGAGCUCGAGCUAUCUAUCGACAACGAGCGUUCACAGAGUGCUCGACAAGAAG